AUGGCAGCCGUGAGCCGGCGGAUGCGGGUGCGGCGUGCCCCUCCACGACGCUCCACAGCCACAACCGCAACGAUGUCGUCAGCGCCUCAAACCUCACUGUUUGCGUCGCCAAUUUUGAACGACCUUCGCACGGAGAUGACAUCCCUCCCGGCCCCACCGUCUGCACCGCAGGGACUCUCCCGAGAUUCUGCAGAUAUAGCAUGCAAGCUCCGUUCACUUCUCCAAAUGAACCAGGCGUUGACGUCUCCCUCGGCGGUCGCAGAUGACAUGAAACGGAUAAGGUCAAGAAUGGAUGAAACCACUGUAGCCUCAGCUAGCCGUGUAGAAGACGCGCUGCUGCUGUACAAUCCAACCCUGGAUCCUACUAUUCUGCGGCGGGUAGCUGCUGCCGUCGACAUUGACGGCGCACUAAGCCUUGCCCGAGAUUUCGUGCGUGCUAUUCGUGAUGGUGGUAACUUCCGCAGCACUCUUUCAAGCCUAAGGCAGUUGCGGCCUGGACCCACCAUGCAGGAGUUGGAACUGCAGGCAGGUAUUGCGGCAAGGUUGCAUUCCGGCAAAGAUGGUAAACGCUCGUCUAGGCUCUGCGGAUUUCGAAUGUACACAAGUGACGUACAGGUAGCGGAAGUGCUUCCUAAUGGAAAGAUUGUUACUUUUAUUUCUCCGACUUUGCCAGAUGCGAUCAAUAUCAGUCAGUACAAAUCGACUGGGGCAGAGCAGCGGUAUUUGCAUUUUGUACUUUACAAGGAGGGGUUGUCUCUUUCUGAGGCUUUUCGUAUCUUGAGCGAGGCCUGUGAGGGGAUGUGUCCUCCAGAAUGCUUUGUGGCGAAUGUCGCGUUGGAAGAGUCGGCGGUCACUGUUCAAGUGUGUAGUCUGUGCUUGAUAUCGCCCGACUCCGCCUCCUAUGAGGCGCACCAAGCAACUGUCAUUAAAAAGUUACUUCGAGUAAACCUGCGACCGCUGAAACUCAAUUUACAGCUCCUCGGCUGGCGUUCUUUUCCUUGUGAUCCGCUCUAUAGUUAUCGCUGCCAGAUGCAGUACAGCAUGCUUCUGCGUGGCAUCACUAACGCGGAGCCGACCCAAUUGGAGAGGCGAGCCCUGGGGUGGCUUGCGGCGUUUCCUAAUUUUUUUGGGCCUCGCCACUUUGGAAUGCUCUCACCGUCGUCUCCUUUUCGCUCCUUCCAUGCAGCCGCAGCGUGGGAGAAAAACAAGCCAGCGGAAGCGCUUCUUAUUGCGGCAUGUCUUAGCGAAGACGCAAGAACAGUGCUAGACGGCUCUUGGAUAAAUAAGAUGGUGCGCCUUCUUCAACUGGGUGAGGACCGCCCCGCCCUUUUGAGAGAAUGGUACAACCUCCAUGUUCCACGUGGAUUAAGGGUGCAAAUCGAAGGAAGCAAAUCUGCCCUGCUGUGGAACGUACUCGCUAGUUGUCGCAUUCACGAAAUCGGAGCAGGUGCGAUAUCGGGCUCCCCUGAACCUGGGGAGUUUGUGCUGCCUGAUAGUAACAGCUUUUUUUCUGCUCAAAUGGUGGUAAAACCCGAACUCUUCCCUGAUGGAGCUUUGCUGGGUGAGACUUGCGGUGGUGGUGGCCUUCAGGAUGUCCGUGCUGUAGCUACAAGGGAGGAGGCGGCGCCACAUGCGUUGCGUGACGUCGUCAUUCCACUAAACGUGGAUAACAAUGAGGCCAUGAGCCAUCUUUCCCGUCUGUUGGGAUUUGCUGCUUCCUCACGCAAGGGUGCUCACUGCUCGCGCAAUCCAGCGUCCUUUCGGCCGCUUUUUUCUGCUGGCAGUGGACACCCUCGCGCGACGCGUCCGUGGGUAAAGGUCUUGCCAGAAUUAGGCAAUAUGCCGGGGGAGAAUGGAGAUGGCGUCUACAAGCUGCUGACGGAUAUGGAACUGCGGCAAUGCCCCAGUUACACGGCGACCUCGCGAGGGCAAUCCCGCCGCCUCUGGCCAAUUGGAAAGUCG